AUGAGUCAGUCCUCUUUACUCCACCCACCCUCAUUUGCGAAAAAGGUUCAAGCUAUUCAAGUACCUGCUCAUCGACAAGCAUUAUUUGCGGCCAUGUUCUCACAUUCGGCGAGAUUUCGAUCUGAAGAUGUUUCUUUGCAAUGCAAAUCAGACUCUAUGAAAUUUCAUAACCAAGCAGUGGAUUUUAUAUAUGACUCACUCGAUGAAGCCUCCGGCGAACAAUCAAGUCUCUGUCUUCUGCAAGCUAUGGUUCUGGUGACUUUCUAUGAGGUUACUAAGGGCGUCAAGGGACGCGCGUGGAGGCUCUUAGGCUCUUGUGUUCGGGUCGCGUAUGAGCUCUACCUACAUCUCAUUGACUAUGAGGCCCUGGAGGAGAGCUAUAAAGUUGGCCGUGGCUUGUCGCGUUGGAUUGAAGCAGAAGAGGCACGGCGAUGCUGGUGGGCCAUCUGGAAAAUGGAUACGUUUGCCAGUGUUAUCCGAAGACUCCCAACUGCAAUCGAUUGGAACAUGAUUGAUACCCACCUUCCUGCUUCGGAUGACCAUUAG